CUCUUUGAUACGUUCCUGGGAAGAAGCGACUACAGUGGCCGGGACGACUCAAGUGGCGCUGGAAAGCGAAUCUCUGGUGGCUUGUGACUCCGUCCAAUAUGGCGGCGCACCUAAAGAAACGGGUGUAUGAAGAGUUCAGUAAAGUGGUUGUCCAGCAGCAUGAAGAAAUCUCGGCAAAGAAACUCCGGCUGACCAAACCAAGUAAGUCGGCUGCACUCCAUGUGGAUCUAUGCAAGGCCACUUCGCCAGCAGAAGCUUUACAGUAUCUGCUUCAGUUUGCCAGGAAGCCAGUUGAAGCUGAGAGUGUAGAAGGUGUUGUCCGAAUCCUGCUGGAGCAUUAUUACAAGGAGAACGAUCCUUCUGUGAGACUGAAGAUUGCUUCCUUGCUUGGUUUGCUAUCAAAGACUCCAGGCUUUUCUCCUGACUGCAUUCUGGACGAUGCCAUUAACACACUCCAAAAUGAGAAGUCCCACCAAGUUCUCGCUCAGCUGCUGGAUACCUUGUUGGUAAUUGGAAAGAAGCUCCAAGAAAACCCUGCAGUCAGAGUGCGCCUGGUAGAUGUAGCCUGCAAGCAUCUGACUGAUUCCUCCCACGGUGUAAGGAACAGAUGCCUCCUUCUGAUGGGCUACCUUGGGACCGUGGAAAGAGGCACCUCGAAAGAAGCAGAAGGCCAACCUCCCAAAGAUGUCCAGAAGAUACUAGGGGACCACUUCAAUGACCAGGAUCCUCGGGUUAGAACAGCGGCUAUAAAAGCUAUGCUCCAGCUCCAUGAAAGGGGAUUAAAGUUGCAGCAAACCAUUUAUAGUCAGGCAUGUAAACUUCUAACCGACGACUACGAACAGGUCCGCAGUGCUGCAGUUCAGCUCACCUGGGUCCUCAGUCAGCUUUAUCCAGAAAGCAUUGUCCCAAUCCCUUCCUCCAAUGAAGAAAUCCGCCUCGUCGAUGAUGCGUUCGGAAAGAUUUGUCACAUGGUCAGUGAUGGUUCAUGGGUGGUGAGAGUACAAGCUGCUAAGCUUUUGGGAUCUAUGCAGCAAGUUAGUUCUCAUUUCUUAGAACAGACCCUGGACAAGAAGCUGAUGUCAGACCUGAGGCGAAAGCGCACAGCCCAUGAACGAGCCAAAGAGCUGUACAGCUCCGGGGAGUUCUCAAGUGGCCGAAAAUGGGGGGACGAUGCUCCCAAAGAAGAACUAGACACCGGAGCCGUGAACUUAAUUGAAUCGGGUGCCUGUGGGGCGUUUGUCCAUGGCCUGGAAGACGAGAUGUAUGAGGUGCGCAUCGCCGCAGUCGAGGCCCUCUGCAUGCUGGCCCAGUCCUCGCCCUCUUUCGCGGAGAAGUGCCUCGAUUUCCUGGUCGACAUGUUCAACGACGAGAUUGAAGAAGUGAGGCUCCAGUCAAUUCACACCAUGAGGAAGAUCUCCAACAACAUCACCCUCCGGGAAGACCAGCUGGACACAGUGUUAGGGGUCUUGGAGGAUUCUUCCCGAGAUAUACGAGAGGCUCUCCACGAACUGCUGUGCUGCACCAAUGUCUCAACGAAAGAAGGCAUCCACCUGGCCCUGGUGGAGCUCCUGAAAAACCUCACCAAGUAUCCUACUGACAGGGAUUCCAUCUGGAAGUGUUUAAAGUUCCUGGGAGGCAGGCAUCCUACCUUGGUGCUUCCACUUGUUCCUGAACUGCUGGGGACCCAUCCUUUCUUUGACACCCCAGAACCUGACAUGGAUGACCCAGCUUAUAUUGCAGUCUUGGUCCUCAUUUUCAAUGCCGCCAAAUCGUGCCCGACUAUGCCAGCCCUGUUUUCGGACCAUACCUUCAGGCACUACGCUUAUCUUCGGGACAGUCUGUCUGACCUCGUCCCUCCCUUGAGGUUGCCUGGAAAAAAACUGGCAUCUUCACCUGUUUCUGCCAGUCUUGCACUCCAGGAAGAUCCUUCCCAGGAAUUUUUGCAGCAGAGCCUUGAAAGAGUUUUCAACCUUCAGCACCUAGACCCACAGGGCACUCAGGAGCUUCUUGAAUUCACAAUUCGGGACCUUCAGAGAUUUGGAGAACUCCAAUCCGACUUGGCUGGGAUGGCUGACUUCUCCGCAGCUUACCUUCGAUGCCAGCUGCUGCUUAUCAAGGCUCUCCAGGAGAAGCUGUGGAGCGUAGCGGCUCCCCUGUACUUGAAGCAGAAUGCGCUGGCAUCAGCUGCAGCAAAGCAGAUUAUGGAAGAAACGUACAAGAUGGAGUUCAUGUACAGCGGCGUCGAGCACAAGCAAGUGGUCAUCAUCCAUCACAUGAGGCUGCAGGCAAAAGCGUUGCAACUGAUAGUAACAGUGCGGAUAUCGAGAGGAGUGGAACCUCUCUUUGGAAUGUGUGAGAAGUUUUUACAAGAGGUGGAUUCUUUUCAAAGGUGUUUCAUUUCCGAGCUCCCCCAUAUGCAAGACAGCUUUGUGGACAAACUCUUGGACCUGAUGCCCAGACUGGUCACCUCCAAGCCUUCUGAAGUAGCUAAGAUCCUGCAGACAACGCUGCGGCAGAGUAGCUUCCUUUGCCUCCCUCUCCCAGAGAAGAUCCACAGAGCGACUGCCACCAUUAUUGAGCCAUCAGGAGAAUCGGACAACCCGUUGCGUUUCACAUCAGGAUUGGUUGUUGCGCUGGAUGUUGAUGCCACUCUGGAACAUGUGCAGGAUCCUCAGGGCACGGUUAAAGUUCAGGUACUAUAUCCUGAUGGGCAGGCACAGCUGAUCCAUCCUAAACCAGCAGACUUCCGAAAUCCUGGUCCAGGAAGGCACCGAUUAAUCACUCAGGUUUACCUCUCGCACACUGCUUGGACAGAACCUUGUCAAAUUGAAGUGCGGCUGCUGCUGGCGUACAGUUCGGAUAGAAACAAAGUGUCCACGAGGCUCUCCCGCUCCACCUGGGGGGACAGCCUGGAUCUUCUCCCACAGGCCGAGAAUGGCAUUGAAGGAACCAUCCCGUUCAGCAAACCAGUCAAAGUUUAUAUCAUGCCCAAGCCUGCCAGGCGGUGAAGCCUGUCGUUGACAGACCUUUUUAUUAUUAUUGAUGGGAUUCCUGUGAGACGCUUUUAAGCUUGGUUGGGGACAACCAUGCAUGCAGGAGAUCAAAUUGGGGCCACGGUGUAACAAAAAUGUCCCCCUGAAAAUUGAGCCAUUUUCUCUUUGGAGAUGUUUAUUGGUGACUUGCAGAAAUGGAGGCACCCCUGGAUUGAAUCGACCAACAAGCUGCCUUCCCAUCCCACUCUGCCUUCCUCGUUGUCAGACCUGCUCCUGAUGCACAGAAGGCUUUCUUGGGGUGCCCUAGCACUGCCAAGGGCUUCUCAGGAAGGAUCCUCAACCGUGCUAAGGGCAUUGCCCCCCCCUGCUCUUUCUACAAUGCACAAAGGCCACAGGUUGGCCUGCAGUUGGAGGAAGACACCUGGCCGUUGACUUGCUAGCUGGUGGGAUGUUGUCGUCAGGGACUCGGCAACAACCAAGUGCUUCUGGCUUCCUCCAUUGAGAAUAACCCCAGAGCCUUUAACUAGAGCUAGCUGUGUACGCAGGAAAGGUGGGAACAGGAAAGUGUUCUGAUCCAGCCUUCCUCUGACCUGGUGCCCUCCAGACUACAACUCAUCAGCCCCAGGCAGUCAGGAAAGGCAGUUUUAGCCCCAUGCUUAAGAAGCACGGUGUUGCAUUUUGUUUAACAUUUUGAUAAAGGAAAAAAGGGGCUGUUUAUCGGAUGGGGAAGCUGUGGGCCUCCAGAUAGUUUUGGACUCCGGCUCCCAUAACUCCAAAUGGCAUGUCCAGUGGUCAGGGGUGAUGGGAGUUGUAGUACAGCAACAUCUGGAGGGUUAGCAGUGCCCCAUUCCUGAUAAAUAUAUUAAAUUGGGAUGGGAUGAUGUUUCUGCUGUGAGAUCCUUUGUUGAUUGUUUUGGGUUCCUUCCUCUGUCAAUGUCAAGUGUGGCCCAUAGGCUCUCCUCUGGCUCUGGCAUCCAUCCAUUUUUUCAAGGCCCUCCCCUUUGAACACAUCAUCAUGCCUCCCAAAGUAGGUGGAGCCUGCUGCAAGCCACACCCAUUUGGUUGGCUGUUUAACUUUGGUUAUUUCAUAAAUGCAUUUUUUUAAAAAAAUCUGCACCCAACUCUUCAGGUAUGGAAUGGACUAGAACUUUAAAUAGUUGUGUCACAGGCUGGAAGCCCUGGCCACAUGUGUUGGCCCCAACAUCUAAAGGCACAAAUGGAAAUAUUAACCUCAUUCCCUCCUCCCUUAGAGCAGACUCCCACUCCUACCAUUAACUUAAAACUUGCCUGCUGUUCCGUUGCUUUAUAGGGAGAUGCCUGUUAAAGGGCAAUUUAGACAAAAGUAUUUAUUCUUAAAACACGUGGAGCAAAUGUGAUCGUACUUGAAGCUGAACAUUCUGUGACCUUCCAGUCCUGUGCGGCUCAUGGUCAAGGUUUGCUUCGCUAGCUGAUCGCCCUUUCAUUGAAGAGGUGCUCGCUUGCCCUAUUAUCUCUCUCCCUGGGGCUUGAAAGUAUAAAAAGAGUACUUAAAGCAGGGGGAGGCAACCUGUGCCCUUCAGCUGUUGCUGGACUACAACUCCCAUCAUCCCUGACCUCUUUGGCCAUGCUGCCUGGGCUGAUGGGAGUUGGGAGUCCCAACAGCAUCUGGAGAGUGCAAGGUUGCUCAUCCUGGAUUUAAAGCAAGCCUUGCAACAUACACCUUACUAAGCCAAAGGCAGCCUGCCAGGGGCUUGAUAAGCCUCUUGUCUGUCUACAGCUGUAGGGCAGGUGGGUUGUGGAUAUCAGGAACCUGGGAGGCCACAUCACCUGCCUGGAGGGCUGAGCUUAAUAGCUUAGCGGGUCACAACUUCUGCAGACCCUGAUUGGAAGCAGGGGUGGGAAAUCAGUGGCCCUCCAGAUGUUGUUGGGACUUGCAACUCCCAUCAUCUCUGGCUGGGGCUGGUGGGAGAUGGAAUCCAACAACCUCGGGGGGGGUGUCACAGGUUCCUCACCUGGAUUUUAAAGCCUUGAAAUACAAGUAGUUGAGAAUGUCUUUCCUUGGAGUUUUGUUUCUCUCUCGCUGCUUCUCCAUAGUCCCACAGCCUCCAAUGUCCAGGAGUUGUGUUUACACUCUGCAGUGUCUGUGGGUUGCAAUAAUGGUUCCAGCCUACCUUCUGGGGUUUCUUUGAGCAAAGGCAUGUUGAGAGUGGUUACGUUAUGAGCCACCUGCGAACUUGUCUGCAAGAUGUUUUGGCUGCCCUAGUACAUGAGAAAGGGUAGGACCCCAGAUCUCAAGAGUCUUGGCAUCCCACAUGAGCUUUGAAAAUUCACAGCAGCCCUCUUAGAAAACAGAAAACUGUGAAGUUGAUCAAGGCAGUGGCCAUAUACUGGCAUUUUUUAAAUUACUGCUGCUGUUCUGUAGAAAAACAAGCUAACAUAUUUGGAGCUGAAAGAAAUAGUCGUAGGUUUUCAUUUGUUUACACCGUUUUAAACAACAUGAAAAUGUGCUUUAAAUUUUACAUUUUCUGCAAUAAAA